AUGAGUGCACAGGAAGGACGCAGCUAUAGUAGGGAUUCUGCCGCUCAGCUCCUUGCUGAGAAUAAAUUAAGGCUGGCCAAUGCCGCAUUAUUUACCACCAUCAAUAUUGAACCGGUAGCUGUGACCGCAGAUACUAUUGAUUGGGAGCUAGCCGACCGCAACUUUAAUGUCUGGUGGACGGAGCAGAACCGGGACCCGCGCCGCGCCAAUUUCGGGCUGACGCUGACCGAUAUGAACUUUCGCGGCAAUACCGAACGUAUUAGUGUGACAGCGCAGGUGGGCUAUACCCAACGUUUUGCCGUGGAGUAUGUGCGUCCGUACCUGGAUAAGCGGCAACAGCAUGGGAUCGGCGGUUUUGUAAAUGUAUCGCAAAGCGGAGAGGUUUAUUAUAAUACCGACCGCAAUAAACUGAAGUUCGUAAGGCUGCCCGGCAACCGUAUUAUAAGGAUGUUUGACGCGGCUGUUUUUUAUACCUACCGUCCGGCAUUCCCCGUAAGGCACCUGAUACAGGCCUCUUAUCAUACCGCCACUGUAGCCGAUACCGUCUUGCAGCUCAACAAAGAUUAUUUCAACGGAAGGAGCGACCAAUUGCGCUAUGCAGAGCUGCUGUACCGCCUCGACCUCAAUUAUGCCGAUAACUGGAACUACCCGCUGAAGGGUUUUAAAAUGCAUUACAUCCACCACAGCAUUAUGCUAAUAGCCAUAUACAACCGCACUUUUGAUGAAGGCGAUGUCAUGACCCUGCAACAUAUCCUGCAGAUGAUGGAGAAGCACCGGAUUCAAAUGCGCCUGCAACAACAUAUUACUUUCCGGGAGACGCCCCGCCUGUUUACCGGCCAGAAAGACCUGCCACCUCAUACCGACAUGCUUUUCUCGCUUGGCGGAGACGGUACCAUGCUGGAUACAAUCUCAUUUGUAGGGAAUACCAAUAUUCCCCUGAUCGGGAUUAACCUGGGCCGGCUGGGCUUUCUGGCGGCUAUCCCGGUGGAAGAUGUUGACAACGCGAUUCUUUCGCUGAUCAUUGAAAGCAGUGCUCCAGGAAGCGCCGUCGGCAAUGGUUUGUGUAUUAUUUUGCUUUACGUAGAUGAUAUCGGGUGCGGUUGCCAGGCGCUGCAUUUCAAACGCUCCACGGUCAAUCUGCCCGUACUUCCGGGGUGCGCCACGGAGGCCGCCUCCGCCACCAAUACUGCUAAGGUUAUUGCUGGUAACUGUAAGAUUGACUAUGUUGUUCUCGAAGAUCAGGUGCAGCAGUUGCGGGCUGCCAUAAUUAUACAUGCCUGCCCCGCCAUCGGUUUGAGUAUUGGUGGUGGUGUUCUGACAGCCGCCAGCAGCACUAGCUAUCAACCGGUUGUGGGUAUCCGCGCGUCGGCAACAGACUACAAGAACCUUACAGUGGGAACCGGUACAGAAACCUGGGCCGCUCCAUUACCAGGUACGAGUACCGCCAGCGUUAUGCGGUUUACCUCGGCUGCUCCUGCAAAAGCAGCUACACCGGGUCAGAUAUAUACUUUUACACCAGCUACCUGCCUGCCACCGGUAAGCGGAUUAGCUGCUACUGGUAUUAAUGCUACAACUGCUACUGUUAACUGGACCGCUGCAUCUGUUAGCCCGGCGAAUGGAUACGAAAUUUACUAUACAGAGCUUUAUACUGCUGGGCGUACGACUAUUGGUGCCGGUUCAGCUAAUGGUAAUGCCGUUGCUUACAAUCCCCUGCAGGGCGGGUACGGAGGUAUGAAAGGACAAUACCUGUUUACAGCCAGCGAGCUGCAGCAGGCUGGUCUUUCUGCCGGAAAUAUCACGCAACUGGCACUUGAUAUCACUACUGCCGGUGCCGGGCUGGAUACUUUUACGAUUCAGAUGGGAACGACAGCGCUAACCACUUUUGGUACGCCGGUUUCGAUCAUCGGUGGCCUUACAACUACUUAUUCUAUUGCCCGGUUUACGCCGGUAUUGGGUGUCAAUUCCUUUGUAUUGUCCACCCCUUUUAUAUGGGAUGGUACGUCCAAUAUCGUCAUCUCAACAAGCUGGAGUAAUCGGAACUCGUCCAAUACUUCUUCCAGUGUCAAGUAUGAUGUUACGACAAAUUAUGCGUCACAGUCUUACCGGAAAGACAAUGAAACCUCCGUUAAUAUGCUGGCUUUUUCCGGCGGCACGGGAAGUGGCACGAAUACUUUCGACCGAACUCUGAACCGUCCAAUGGUUAUUUUUAACGGGCAGGUAGUUUGUGCCAGCCCACGUUCCCUGGUGGCGGCAACUGUCAACACCGCUCCGGCGUUUAGUAUCACCGGUAACCAGACUGUUUGUAACAAUGAGAUCCGGCAGCUGACUGUUACGUCUACACUGGCCAACUAUAAUAAUUAUGUAUGGACACCAGCCACCAACCUUUAUACAGAUGCUGCUGCUACCGUACCUUAUGUUACAGGCGCCAAUGCCAGCACCGUUUAUUUCAGGUCUGCAACCGCGGCUACCACUACUUAUACGGCGAAUGCAAAUAAUACAACUACUUUUUGUGCGCAGGUGGCUACGGUUGAUGUGUCCGUUUUGCCGACAACAGCUACCGCUACCGCUACGCCAGCCGCUGUAUGUAUAUCUGGUGCCGUUGCAUUUGCGCUGGACCCUGCCAGCGGAUACGGUACUGGCAGUAUUCAAUGGCAGUCAUCCACCAAUAACAGCACAUUUACAGAUGUAACCGGUGCUGCCGGAAAUACCUACACCACACCUGUUCUUACCAACACCGCCUACUACCGUGCAGUCAUUAAAAACAGUGCGGGUGCUGUUUGCUUUAAUUCAGUAUCUGAUACCGCGUUGAUAAAUAAUCCUGCUAUUGCAGGCACUACACCCGGCGCCCGUUGCGGACCCGGAACGGUUGAUUUAUCAGCUGCUGCUGCGGCCGGUGUUACGCUAAACUGGUAUAGUGCUGCUUCCGGCGGGUCUCCUGUUGGUACAGGUACCACCUUUACUACACCGUCUAUAAGUGCAACUACCAAUUAUUAUGUAGAGCCUUCUAUGGGUGGUGGUUCCGCUAAUGUAGGGCCUGCGGUUAACGCAACGACUCUUUCUUAUUAUAUCACGAAUAGCUGGGGCAUCACCUUCAACAGUACGGCGCCUACCACCAUCCAAUCGGUAGCUGUUUAUCCUUCAGGUGCGGGUACGAUGACGAUUUCCGUACAAAGUGCAAUGGGUACCGGUGCCACCAUUUUUGGCACCUAUACCGCCACCUUUACUGCCGCACAAGCCGGAACAAAAGUGGUUUUGCCCAUCAAUAUUGCGAUCCCUACUGCAGGUACCGGUUAUAAAAUGGUGGUUCAAUCCAGUUCAGGGUUUACCGGUGUGCACAGAGAGACUUCACCCGCUCCCGGAUUCCCUUAUACGACCGCAGGAUCGCCUGUUACACUUACAUCCAGUGUCACUUACCAAUGGCAGCGUAACGCAGUAGAUAUUGCCGGUGCCACUGCUACUACUUAUGCAGCAGCAACCAGUGGCAGCUAUCGCCUGGUGCUUUCAAAUGGUGCCUGUGCUGAUACUUCCGCAGCAAUAGCCAUUGUGGUGAAUCCGAAGCCGGUGGCAACUGCUACUGCCGGCGGACCGGUCGCUUUCUGUACCGGUGGUAGUGUGGUGCUGAAUGCCAACACCGGAACCGGUAUUACCUAUCGUUGGAUGCGCAAUGCGACAUUGAUCACACCUGCGGCAACAGCCAGCUCUUAUACAGCAACUACCAGUGGCAGUUAUGCGGUGAUCGUUACGAAUACUGCUACGGGUUGUGCGGAUACUUCUACAGCCAUUGUAGUAACGGUAUCUACACCUGCGGCUAAUACGCUGAACAUAUCAUCCGGCACGGUUACCUUCUGCCAGGGUGGGUCUGUGACUUUCCAGGCUGCUGUGGGUACCGGCUAUACUUAUAGCUGGUAUAAAGACGGAGGCCUGAUCCCAGGUGCUACUACGUUCUCUUAUACUACAUCCACCGCAGUAUUCAUGCGUCUAAAAGAUUAUUACCGGGUUCUUGGGGUUUCUUCUUCCGCUACGGCUGAGGAGAUCCGCAAAGCAUUCCGGCGUCUGGCGCUGCAAUAUCAUCCGGAUCGUAAUCCGGACAGCCCGUUUGCCGCAGGGCAUUUUAUAGAAAUAAAGGAGGCAUACCAUAUUUUAAGCGAUGACUACCGGAGGGGGCGCUACGAUGAAGAGUGCUGGCUGCUGGGCAUGAGCAACAGGACGCCUUUACGGGGACAAUUAAGUGCGGCGUGGAUCAAAGGAGAAGCGGCUGAUGCCCAAUGUGUUACGAUAAGCGGCUUGCCGGAUACCAUUGAUGUCUGUAAAAACACCACGGUGCCAUUGUCGGCCACCGUUUCGGCCACCGGCCUCCUGGUGACGCUGGAUACCUUCUGGACGCCGGCUGCGGGUCUGAACAAUCCGGACAUCAUUAACCCUAUUGCUACCGUAGGUACCACCUCCCAGACUUAUACCUUGAAUGUAACGGCCCUGACACCUAUGAAUUAUGUGGUGAACGGAGAUUUCAGCAGCGGCAAUACCGGCUUUAGCACGGCUUAUACAUUGGGUACCGGCGGAUCGUUCGGGCUGCUUUCCAAUGAAGGUACUUAUGCUGUAUCUACCAACCCCAGCCUCGUUCAUACCAACUUUGCCAGCUUCCCGGAUCAUACCGGCAAUGCCGGCGGACAGAUGCUGAUCGUAAACGGAUCGUCUACUCCCAAUACCAGUGUAUGGUGCCAGACGAUUACCGUACUGCCCAAUACCCAAUAUGACUUCAGUGCCUGGGGCGCCAGCUGUGUAGCAGGAUCGCCAGCCAUCCUUCAGUUUUCUAUUGACAAUGUAUUAUUGGGUACGCCGCUCGCACUGCCAACUACUACCGGGCAAUGGGUUCGAUUUCAUGCCCUGUGGAACAGCGGUACCAAUACAUCUAUUACCAUCUGUGUAGUGGAUCAGCAAACAGCGCCCAGCGGUAAUGACUUCGCUAUUGACGAUAUUGAAUUCCGCCAGAUAUGCACGGCCAAAGAUUCUGUUCAUCUGCGCGUUACUAAUUUACAGCCAUCUAUCACGCACGUUCCCCGCCUGGGUUGCGAAGUAGAUUCGGUGGACUUUACCGGUAUUGACAACGGUGAUAUCGCGGAUGAAUAUAUCUGGGACUUUGGUGACGGAGCGUUUAGCAGGUUACAAAACCCUACCCAUGGUUACCUCGCCCAGGGACGAUACACCGUUAAGCUGCUGACUAAAAAAAGAGGUUGUGCGGAUUCUGCCAGUAUUGUGGUGGAUACAAGACACCCGAUCUCUGCCAGCCUUACCAGCGAUAAAGAUUCGGUUUGCCUGGGCGAAUCGGUCACCUUUGAUAACAGCGGUGAUCAGACAACCAGCACAGCAACCUAUUAUUAUGACUUUGGCGACGGCACCACCGGCACCAGUAUCAACCCCACGCAUACUUAUACAGCAAUAGGUGUUUAUGAAGUGAUCCACGUAGUUGGCGACCAGGUGCCAUGUACCGAUACUGCCCGGAAAACAAUUGUGGUGGUGGCAGCGCCUUCUGCUUCCUUUACCAUCAGUGAUACCAGCUUUUGCCAGGGUCUUGGCAUCGAUUUUCAGGCAAUGGCCUCCAGGGAUUAUGAUACCCUGCUCUGGAACUACGGCGAUGGUACCACCCUAUCUACAAUCGCUGGGGCCAGGUCAUUUUUGAAACCCGGAGCCUGGACGGACGUGGAUGGGAUGGAGAACAGGCUGUUUACAGCAGAUCAGAUUCAUGAUGGUAAGGGCUGGCUGCCAGCCGGGUCGGUUAUUGAAGUAACCACGGCAGGUAUUAUUGCCGGUGUACAUGAUGCCGGUAUAACAGGUGAUAAAGAGCAUCUACACGGAAUAUUGGUGCCGGGUUUCGUAAACACACAUUGCCACCUUGAGCUGUCACAUCUGAAAGGAGCGGUGCCGGAACAUACCGGGCUCAUCCCCUUCCUCCAAACCAUUCCGGCACAGCGUAAUAAUUUUAGUGAUGCACAAAAAAAGGUGGCGCGGCACGCAGCCUACAAGGAGCUGGUUGAUAACGGCGUUAUUGCCGUAGGGGAUAUUGCCAAUAGCAAGGAGACGCUGGACAUCCGUUUGUUGGACCAAUUGCACCUGCACACCUUUGUAGAAUGUAUUGGUUUUACCGAACAGUUUGCCCGGGCCCGUCUGGAUUAUUCACUGGAUGUGUUGGCUGCUUUUGCAGGGCAGGAAAGCAGUGAGCAAGUAUUACACCAGUCGGUCAUACCACAUGCGCCCUAUUCCGUAUCGGCAACCUUGUUCCGGCUGAUCAACGAGGCCGCACCGGGAAGCCUGCUGUCGAUCCAUAAUCAGGAAAGCCUUGCUGAAGAUGAAUUUUACAAAGCUAAAACCGGGAAGGUGCUGGACCUGCUGGCCGGUCUUGGUAUUGAUCCUGCCUUUUUUGAGCCGUCCGGCAAAUCAUCAUUACAAAGCUAUCUGACGGCGUUCUCCCCAUCGCAUGCCAUGAUACUGGUGCACAAUACCUAUACGCCCGCCGAAGACGUCUUAUUUGCGGAAGGGCUGUUCCCGUCCCUGUCCUGGUGCCUUUGCCCGAAUGCAAACCGUUAUAUUGAAAAUACACUGCCGGAUGUACCCAUGCUCAAAAAGCGGGCAACAAAUAUCUGCAUUGGUACGGAUAGCUUAGCCUCCAAUCACCGCUUAUCCGUAUUUCAUGAACUGUGCACCUUGAAGAAAUAUUUCCCGGAAUUGGCAUGGGAAGAGCUGCUGCGCUGGGGAACCCUGACAUUAUUAGCUGCUUCGCAGGGAUUUGCCCAAUCGAAGGCGGAUAAGAAAAUCAUUAAGGAACUAAAAACCGACAUCGAAUACCUGGCUUCCGAUGAGCUGGAAGGCCGUCGUACGGGUACCGAAGGCGAGCGCAAGGCAAAUAGCUCUGGCGUAGGCCCGUCGGAUCAUUCCUCUUUUUAUAACAAAGGUAUCCCGGUGCUCUUCUUCUUUACCGGCUCCCAUCACGACUAUCAUAAACCAAGUGAUGAUGCCGAUAAGAUCAAUUACCCCGGUGAAGUAGAUGUGAUCCGUUUUAUCCAGACCAUUGUUACGAAGAUGGACAAUGCACCUCGGCCCAAGUUUACACCUACCAAACAAACAACGGUGGGCAAGGCGCGCUUUAAGGUGACCUUAGGUAUUAUGCCCGACUAUAGCUACCAGGAUGCCGGUGUACGUGUAGAUGGUGUUGCCGAUGGCAAGCCUGCCCAGAAGGCCGGUAUCAUCGCCGGAGAUAUUGUUAUGGCGAUUGGCGAUGACAAGGUGCAGGGUAUGCAGAGUUAUAUGGAAACACUGGGCAAGCAAAAGGAAGGAGGAAAGACAACCAACCCGCAUGGCAUCCUGUUCAAUUCGGGCAGCGUAGCACAAAGCCUGCGGCAAUAUAUGGAAGGGAAGCCGGUUGAAGCGCAGGAGCUGUUCCUGCUCAAUGAGACGUGGAAUAGCUGGGACUAUCACAGCCGUUUCUCGGGUACCGGUAAAGAAGAGGUCUUAGCAGGGAUGAACCGUGAGCUAGCUGCCGCGCAUGAUUUUAUCCGGCAGGCAGAUUGGCUGUUUAUCACGCUUGGCUCCUCUUAUCAAUACGUGCUGAAAGAUAACAAUCGCCUGGUGACCAAUAAUCACCGGGCACCUGCCCAGUGGUUUGACCGGAGGUUGGCCGGUAUUGAUGAGAUGGUCGCUGAUCUUAAAGACGCUUUAGCGCAGCUACAUGCUGUAAAUCCCAGGGCCAGGGUCAUGUUCACCGUUUCGCCGGUGCGGCAUAUCCGUGAUGGGGUGGUGGAAAACAACCGCAGCAAGGGGCGGCUGAUAGAUACGUAUGAUGGCCCGGUAACUGUUCUUUUAACAGAAGCUAUGGGCAAAACAAUCCGUACGUUGACCAAUGCCAAAGGAAAGCAGGAAAUUGAUCUUUCGGGCCUGGCCACUGGUGUAUAUUAUCUGCUUGGCUAUAAUGAAGAGGCAUCCCUGCUACUCUCGGUAACAGGCACCACAUUUGCGCAAGACCGCCAGGAUGCGGCUAUUUAUGCAGCACCAGCAAAAAAUGAGUUCUACGAAAAGAUAAAGAAGGACAAUCAAUCUUUUUUUGAUAAGAAGGAUGAGCCACGUAAGCGCCUGACGAUGGAUUUUUCCGGCGCAGAUGUGCCUAAGUCGAUGAAGGAAUUUACCAUCGUUACCAACGACAAGCCGGUGAGCCAGGGGCUUACCGGUACCUGCUGGUGUUUCAGUACCACUUCAUUUUAUGAGAGUGAAGCAGUCAGGCUGGGAAAAGGCGAUCUGCAAUUGUCGGAACUCUAUACCGUGUACUGGGAGUAUGUAGAAAAGGCGAAGGAAUUUGUACGUAGCCGUGGCGGGUAUAACUUCAAGGCAAAAGGAGAAUUCCUGAACGAAGCAACCGGUGUCAGAAGAUGGAUAGACCUGGACAAGCUGAACCUGGAAGGACAAGGUACACCCAACGGACCGGCUAAAUACAGCCAGUGGCAG